CCUCAAACUUCGUUCCGACUUCCCGUUCCUGUUCGGAUGAUUUGUGAUGGUUUCUGAUUGUCGAUUGUAACAAUUACAUAAAAAAAGCAAUGCCACUAGACCUCAGAGGUGUCAAGUUUAGAGAGAGCUGAUAUGAGUGGGGAGCACGAGCAUUCACCGUUAUCAUCGUCUUCAUCAUCAUCAUCCACACCCACCACAGUCAUGUCCAGUAUAGAUGUGAAGCCCAAGAUAUUAUGUGGAAGAGAGAGACCUGUGUACAAGCAUGCACAACAUGCGCAUAAGGCUUUUGAGUCCUUGAAUGAAAUGCGCAGAAUGGGCCUGCUUUGUGAUGUCUGCCUGGUUGCUGGGGAUCUGGAGCUCCACUGCCACAAGUCUGUGCUCGCCGCAUGUAGCCAGUAUUUCUUCGCCAUGUUCACCAAUGAAAUGUCUGAAUCAAAAGCUAGCCGGAUCGUGCUUUUGGAAAUAGACCCCUCAGCCCUUUCCCUCCUUAUUGACUUUGUCUACACAUCAGAGAUUCAUGUCACAGAGGACAAUGUACAGACCCUGCUACCAGCUGCCAACAUUCUCCAAGUAACAGAAGUGCGAGAAGCAUGCUGUGAAUUCCUCCAGGCUCAGUUGCAUCCCUCCAACAGCCUCGGCAUACGAGACUUCGCUGAUCUCCAUGCCUGCACCGAUCUCUUCAACUAUGCUCAGACGUACACAGAACAACACUUCACAGAUGUGGUUCACUAUGAUGAAUUUCUUUCCAUGGGUGUGGAGGCAGUGUGCAAACUCAUUUCCAGUGAUAGACUAACUGUUUCUUCAGAGGAGCAGGUAUAUGAGGCUGUGAUGUCCUGGGUCCACCACAAUUUACCAGCCAGACAAGAGUAUGUAGAACAGCUGCUAGAAAAUGUGCGACUACCACUCAUGAACCAAGAGUACAUUGUGCAGAAGGUGGAAGAGGAGCCCCUCGUCAAAGCAAAUUCUAGGUGUAAAGACUACCUCAUUGAGGCUAUGAAAUAUCACUUGCUGAAAACUGACCAAAAACCCUUGUACAAAACACCACGUACUCAGCCAAGAAACCCUAUUGGGCUGCCUAAGGUAUUACUUGUGAUAGGAGGCCAAGCUCCUAAAGCCAUCCGUAGUGUUGAAUGUUACGAUUUCCAAGAGGAGCGGUGGUACCAGUUGGCCGAAAUGCCUUCCCGGAGAUGCAGAUGUGGUGUCGCUGUUUUGAAUGGUCUGGUCUACGCAGUGGGAGGAUUCAACGGCUCUUUGCGGGUCAGAAGUAUAGACGUAUACGACCCGUUGAAAGAUACGUGGAACUCGUGCCCCAGCAUGGAGGCUCGCCGCAGCACCCUGGGAGUUGCAGUUCUCAAUGGCAACAUCUACGCUGUCGGGGGUUUUGAUGGUGCUGCUGGUUUAGAUACAGCUGAAUAUUUUGAUGUGAGAGCUGGACACUGGAAGUCUAUGGCCAGUAUGAGCACAAGGCGGAGCAGUGUCGGAGUGGGCGUCGUUGGUGGUCUUCUGUAUGCUGUUGGUGGCUAUGACGGCGCCUCCAGACAAUGUCUGAGUUCUGUCGAAUGUUACAGCCCACUGUGUGAUGUCUGGUCAAAUGUUGCAGAAAUGUCUUGCCGAAGAAGUGGUGCCGGUGUUGGAGUUGUCGAUGGACUAUUGUACGCUGUGGGGGGACAUGACGGGCCUUUAGUGAGGAAGAGUGUAGAAGCUUACAACCCAGAAUCCAACUCUUGGUCUGCCGUUGCUGACAUGCACAUGAGUCGCAGAAAUGCUGGUGUGGUUGCCAAUGGCAACAAGUUGUACGUCGUAGGAGGCGAUGAUGGAUCUUCAAAUCUGGGCUCUGUUGAAGUGUAUGACCCAUCAACCAACAAGUGGACAUUACUCCAGUCAAGCAUGAUGACCGGCAGAUCGUAUGCUGGGGUCACAGUUAUAGAAAGGCCACUAAUUUAGAUUUUGUGGCUGGACUUGUUAGUGCAUCAUCCAGAACCUGAUCACUCAACAGCCUAUGUCUCAUAAAGGUGCUCAAAGUAUUCAAGAGAAAAGGAUGCAAUUUAUGUCACUGCAUGUUUUAAACUGGUGAGCUAUAUUUUUACAGAAAUUUAGGCGAACUCUUUCCAAAUUCAUCUGAAGUAGCUAGCAGUAAUGAUGAGAUUAAAUUAUUGUUAUUCACACACAGUCACUCAGAGCUACACAAUAUGUUUUCAUGAUUAUGGACAUGUGAAGUUGAAUGCAAACUGAACUAUUUGUCAAAUUGUUCACUUUUUACCUUUCAACUUUAAGAAAAUUGAAGUUUUAAAAUAGACCGGCAGUGGCUAGAUUGCAAAUUUAUGCUUGCGUUCACAUAUCACUAUCCUUUCCAUUUAUGCUGUAAGACAAAAUAUUUGCAGAGUUGCUUAUGUCGGGUUUAUGACUCGUCUCUUGCUUGCAUCAUAUGUCUACAGUUGUUUUUUAAUUGACGUAAUCCUGUCAUGGCGAACAUGCGCACAUUUCACCUGCUGGUGAAGCCUCGCACCCUGAAUAACAGAAGCAUAGUGUUCACAGAUACAUGCGAAGAAUGUCCAAUGACUGUGCAUCAGUGUGAAUAAAACUGUCCGUGCCACCUUUUUGAGUAUAGUGACGCUAUGUGUAGAAGUGAUGAGAAAUGUUUAAAUUAUAAUUUCAUAACUCUUAAAAAUAUACUUAGUUUCAGUUUCAGUUAAUAACGAAAAACUUGGAUUGCUUUAUGUUCUUUAAUGAAAGUGAUAAUUUUAGUUAUAUACAGGAUAUAGGUUGUUGUAAGGUUCUUGAAAGCAAACUUAGAAUUGUUGCAAUUUAAACUUGUGAACUCUCAGUCUUAAUGGUGGAUUUAGCUCUCACCUUACUAGACUGCUCAUCAUACAUGCAGCUGUAUUGGAAACUGUCAAUGUUGCUGGGUGAUCAAAUAAAAUUGAUCUGAAGGUUUCCACAGUUUCUGAAGGUUUCCACAGUUUUUGAGAGAACAGUGCUUUUGUUGGGUUGGGUUUCAGCUUUGUUGGUUGGAUUGUGUGUGUUCAUGUGCACGCGAUAGAGAGAGAGA